AUGAUUGAUCCUGAUGGCAAAGGAGGCGUGACUCCCUUCAGUGUGUACUGUGACAUGAGCGACAGAGGCGGAGUUGGCGUGACUGUUAUCAGUCACGACAGUGAAAGUAGAACCCAUGUUGGUCCUAGCAUUCCCGGAUGUGGUGGCGCAGGAUGUUACAGAAAAGAUGUGCGAUACACUGGAGUCAGCACCGCUCAGCUAGCAGCACUCACUCGAGUCUCACAGAACUGUGAACAGUUUAUCAAGUUUGAAUGCAACAACGAGGUAGCGUUUAUUGAAGAAGGUUAUACUUGGUGGGUGUCACGUGAUGGAACACGGAUGAACUACUGGGGAGGAGCUAACGGCCAUUACCACAUGUGCGCAUGCGGAGUAACAAACUCUUGUACUGGUGGUACAAAGUGUAACUGUGAUAACAGUGGUGCUGGUUGGUAUGAGGACAGCGGUCUGUUGACAGACAAGUCUGCUCUUCCUGUGACACAAAUCAGACUGGGAGACUUGGAUGAUUCAAAGGAAGAAGGAUAUCAUACAUUAGGAAAACUCAAGUGUUAUGGUCAGGCAUAAUGCUAAUGACUUGACAUCGCAGCUGCUAUACGGGCAAAUUUAACCACAGAACUCAGCAAGUAUGACAAGGACUCAGUCUGAUUGAGUGGUUGACGAUUCAAAUCUUUUACUGCAUGUUGCAGUAUUUGAACAAAGAAUAUGCGAUAAAAUUGCUGGAUAUACCAAAAUUUGAGUGCAUGCUAGGCACCUUAGAAUUGGCGGUAGAUAAAACAAAAUUGUUAAAAAAUACAUUCACACAAAUAUUAUUUACACUACUGAUAUCUCUUUUGGUCUUUGAAGGACCAGUGUCAUGGUGAUGCACAUUUAGACUUUUUUUACAGUUCACUGAAAGGUUUUGAAGCAAUGGAAAUUCUUCAGCUAAUAUAACUUUUGUCAUUGCCCCUGGCCAGUUAGAAACCUCUAAUGUACAUUUCGAUCAGUUCAGUGACCUUUGUACUCGUAUUUCAAAAAAAAAAAAGUACAAAAAGACACCAACAGUUGCCAUUUUGAUGUGUACCAAACCAAGGCGCUUCGCGAUCUCCAGCGAACAACCCUUUGUACGUUGGCGUUGCUUGUUUUCGCGUUUAUCAGUUUCAUUCUCACUUUCUUAAAUACCUCAUCAAGUUGGAACAAAGUAAAUCAUACUUGUGACGGCGUUUGGAUAACUGACUUAAUUAGCGUAGAUUUUAAAGAUUUUAUUUGCUGUGUGCUUUAAUUCUACUCAUCUCUUUUUUCGUCUGAGAAGAUAUAUCAAACUCUCAAGACAGUGUUUGCCCCAUUUCCAGACACCUCAAAGGUCUUCGAAAAUACUCCGCUGCGCAUCGAAUUUUCAACUCUGUUCUCAGUAUUUGUGAAUGUGGUAACACAUGGUCCCUCUGGUUUGAAAUAUUACAUCUUCCAUAGCCUGUCCCAGAUAAUUCAGUCACAUGGCGUUUUUUUUUCGUUUGUUUGUUUUUUCGCUGCGCCUCAACUAACUGAAAGCAUUUAUAUUAAACAAUAAGUGAUAAUUAAUACUGCAUUCCUUUCAUCAGUGGGAUGUAGAGAAAAAUUGCUUAUUCACACAAUAUUAUGACUCUAAGCAAGUAGUGACGACUGUCACAAAGUUUGUAAUUUUGUUGCCGAAUUCUACCUACCUCAAGGGAAUUCUCCGCGUUCUGCUGCUUCAGUGAUCAAAAGGGCAGUACUUUUAGUUCUCUUUUGUAGCUUUAAAAACCCCGUAAAUUGAUUCUCAAGUCAGGGAGAAGAGAUUGAGACAGUGGUGAAGUAAAAAGAAAAACAAAUACGGUUAAAUAUAGUUUCUCAAUCAGUCAGUUUGGAAAGUGCAAACCUUCUGUAGAUGCGUCAUAGUGCGAUACUCAAUCUUGUAAACUAUCGACCGCGACUGCGUAUAUCCAAUAUUCUAGCUUAGUAAAAACAUAUCCACGGAUUUUCCACCAGUCCCCUCAAGUGUAUACGAUUCCUGGAACGUAUCAAGAGCAAGCAAAAAGAGAAAGGAUAAAAGGAGGAUUAAAAUUAACUGGGAUUUUUCUGCACUGAUUGAAGGAUACAAUUGCAAGCAAGUUACCCUUUACAUUUGAGAAGUCUAUACGUCUAUAGUUCUCACUGCCUUGCUGAUCGUGGUCAGAGGUAUCAAACAUACACCCAGUCUCCAACACGGUUGUAUUUUCGUCCUCAU